CACCGUCGAGGAAACCAAUCGGCCCUUUGGGCUUCACUUAGCCACCCCUAACUGACGCACGCAACGGCAACAGCGAAGCUGCAAGAAGUCAUGAAAGAUUCCUAUCCUAUCUAUCCGUCUUAUUGUCGUUUUCUUUGACUAUUUUUUCUAUAUACGUCUAACAUCCCUCUUUUCUUCGUCCAUCUACUCCAAUAAUAUCAAUCAACAAGAUUCUUUCUUUACUUCAUUCUUGAAUCUCCACCAGAGAUCGAGGAAGGAAUUGAAGAAGGCAAAUAUGGCAACUUCUCUAUGCCUCUUUACUCUCUUGUUAUUUCUUGGGACGAUUGCUCCCUCUCACUUGCAGGUGAUCGCUGAGGCACCAGAUUCCAAGCUGAAGCUUAGCUCUAGGGUCCUUCAGGAUUCAAUAAUUAGAAAAAUCAAUGAAAACCCCAACGCUGGAUGGGAAGCUGCCAUGAAUCCUCGAUUUUCCAAUUAUACUGUUGGCGAAUUCAAGUAUCUUCUUGGAGUCAAGCCAACUCCCAAAAAGGAACUGAGGGGUGUUCCUCUUGUGAGUCAUCCAAAGUCCUUGAAGUUGCCCAAGGAAUUUGAUGCAAGGAGUGCUUGGCCACAAUGUAGCACCAUUGGAAGAAUUCUAGAUCAGGGUCAUUGUGGAUCUUGCUGGGCAUUUGGUGCUGUUGAAUCACUAUCUGAUCGGUUUUGCAUCAAUUUUGGCAUGAACAUAUCUUUGUCUGUCAAUGAUCUCUUGGCAUGCUGUGGCUUUCUGUGUGGAAAUGGUUGUGAUGGAGGGUAUCCACUCUAUGCGUGGAGAUACCUUGUCCACCAUGGCGUUGUCACUGAGGAGUGUGACCCAUACUUUGACGACAUUGGCUGUUCCCAUCCUGGUUGUGAACCUGGGUUCCCUACUCCAAGGUGUGUAAGAAAGUGUGUCGAUAAGAACCAGUUCUGGAGGCAGUCAAAGCAUUACAGCGUCAAUGCUUAUAGAAUCAGAUCAGAUCCCUAUGAUAUCAUGGCAGAGCUUUAUAAAAAUGGACCAGUAGAGGUUGCUUUCACUGUUUAUGAGGAUUUCGCACAUUAUAAAUCUGGAGUUUAUAAGCACAUUACAGGUGAUCAACUGGGAGGACAUGCAGUUAAGCUCAUCGGGUGGGGGACUUCUGAUGAUGGGGAAGACUAUUGGCUUCUUGCAAAUCAAUGGAAUAGAGGCUGGGGUGACGAUGGUUACUUCAAGAUAAAGAGAGGAGUAAAUGAGUGUGGUAUCGAAGAGGAUGUGGUUGCUGGUUUGCCUUCAUCAAGAAAUCUUAAUCUUGUUAGAGAGGUUGCUGGCACAGAUAUUGUUGGGGAUGCUUCUGCUUGAUAUCAGAUUAUUAUACCACAAGUAGUGUAAUUUAUACGCCAGUUUAUAGGGGCCAGAGAUUACAUCUGUGCCAAACAGAAAGAAAAACUGGGUUUGUAAAAGUAUCUUGUAUUGUGGUUUGUAUCAACUAGAUAUUUGUUGCUUAUUCUUGAGAACUGAAUAGUCUUCAAGUGUUAUAUAUUACAUCUCAUAGUCAUAUGUGAUAUGAGAUUCAGCUACUUGCUGCAUUUUAUGUUUCA